UAACGGAUAAGAAAAGAUUUGAAUGCUCAAACUGCGUCCACACACACACACUCAUGCAAAUGGCCAAUUACUCGAAAGCCCACAUCUGCCAAUGCAUGAGCCGCGUCUCGGCGGCCCGCCGGAGCUCGACGGUGACGAUAUCCGGGGACAGAAGAAAGACCGGCGCACAGUUCGUGGACGGGAUUUUGAGCCUCGCGCUUGGGCUUCGCCAACUUGGCCUUCAGCCCGGUGAUGUGGUCGCCAUUUCUGCUCUCAACAGGUUGAAGUCUUGAAGAUGAAGGUAUUUUAAACUGUUACACAUUGCUUUGUAACAGUGAUUUAUAUUUGGAAUGGUUACUUGCGGUUGCAUAUGCUGGAGGAAUUACUGCUCCAAUCAAUUAUCGCUGGAGCUUGGAAGAAGCAAGUGAGGCCGUGAAGGUGGCAAGGCCUACAUUAUUGGUCACAGACUCAGCGUUGAAUUUCUGGCACUCCAAGUUUGAUAUAGACUCUAUAUCUUCACUAAGAUGGCAUGUCUCAAUUGACAUCCCUUUCGGAGUGGAAAGCACUUGGAAUGGGUUGACUACAAAAAAGCUUAAGAACCGCAAUAACAUAUCUUUAGAAACUAAUUAUAUGUGGGCCCCUGAGGGAGCUGCUAUAAUAUGUUUUACCUCAGGAACCACUGGCAAACCUAAGGGAGUUACUUUAAGCCACUCUGCUUUGAUAGUACAGUCCCUUGCAAAAAUCGCAAUUGUUGGUUACCGAGAGGAUGAUGUGUAUUUACACAUGGCUCCACUUUGCCACAUUGGUGGAAUGUCAUCUGCCAUGGCUGUGUUAAUGGCUGGAGGCUGUCACAUUUUAAUACCCAAGUUUAAUGCUGGAUUGGCUGUUGAAUCCAUUCACCAAUAUGCUGUCACCUCUUUAAUUACUGUUCCAGCUAUGAUGACUGAUCUAGUAUCAUUUUACAGCAGAAAAGGGGAAUCGGAAGGGUCACCAACAGUGAAGAAGAUACUUAAUGGAGGUGGAGCUCUUUCAGUUGAGCUUAUCAAUCAUGCUGCUAAAAUAUUCCCAAGAGCUAAACUUAUAUCCGCGUACGGGAUGACAGAGGCAUGCUCUUCUAUGACAUUCAAGACUCUCUAUGACCCAGCAAAAGAAAGUGUUAGACACGCGCUCCAAUUAAAUAAUGAUAGGGACUCCAAUUCGGCAAGUCAACAAGAAGGCAUCUGUGUUGGAAAGCCUGCCCCACAUGUUGAAUUAAGAGUUUGUGCAGAGAGUUCAUGUCGUAAUGGGAGGAUACUAACACGAGGCUCUCAUGUAAUGCUUGGAUACUGGGGCCAGAUAUCAAACAAAACUUCCAAAUUUGCUGGUGAAAACUGGCUUGACACAGGUGACAUUGGUCAUAUAGAUGACCAUGGCAAUAUCUGGCUCAUUGGGCGUUCCAAGGGUCGAAUCAAGAGUGGAGGAGAAAAUGUUUAUCCUGAAGAAGUAGAGGCUGUCCUGUCACAACAUCCUGGUGUUUCUGGCAAUGUAGUUGUUGGACUUCCAGAUUUGCGCUUGGGAGAGAUGGUUGUUUCCUGCAUUCAGCUCAAAUGCAAUUGGCAGUGGGAUGAUUUAAGCUCCAGCCCUCCAUCAGUUAACUACUUGUCUGCUGACAUCCUCCGCUGCUUCUGUAAAGAAAAACAAUUGACUAGGUUUAAAGUACCAAAAAGAUUUAUUAGGUGGAGGAAUCAGUUUCCAGUGACGACAACAGGCAAAAUAAAAAGAGACCAAGUCAGAGCAGAACUCAUGUCUAAUAUGCAGUCAAUGUCCAGCAAAUUAUAGAACAUAUUUCUUGCAGUCUGUAAUAAAUUAUAGAGAAAGGGGUCAAUUAGACCCUUCCACAAUUGUACUAAUCACAUUAGCCAAAAAAACGGAUGAUGACCAUUUUUUCUUUUUCUUUACUCUCUCAUUCUUCUUCCUUUCUCUUUCUUGGUGGCAUGUUUGUCCUACUCCCCCUUAAUUCUUCUCCGUCCUUUUUAUGUUAUUAUCUUCACUUUUUCUUUAUCCUUUUCUUUUUCUUCGUUUCCUUUAUCCUGAAUCUCCAUGGACGAAAGAGAGCUUGGGUCGAUGUACUUCAUCAAAGUAGGGAGCACUUGUUUCAUCACCUUAUACAUGCAGGCAUGCACGUGCCUCAACUAUGUACUCUUCUCCCAUUCCCACUGUCAUCCGCUUUCUUUUCCUUCUUUGCGGCGGCUUUUUCAGCGGGUUAUCAUUAUUCUUUUAUUCAGCUGAGAUCGGCAAUUGAUUAUGGGGAUCUUCUUUAGCUGCCGACGGAGUUGACACUACUUCCACGGUUGUUCUACUUGUUCCUUUUCUUUGAAAAUGGUAAUGUUAAUUUGAUAUGGGUUAAAAAAUUAAUAAAAUUCAUGACAACUUAGGUCCCAGAUCGAUAAAUUUAAAUCAUUCAGGUUCUAUAAUGAUAGUUUUUCAUCAUUCAGGUCCUAUGUUGAUACAUUUCAUCUUUUAGGUCCCGGAUUGAUAGUUCAUCUAUCUUUCGGAUUCUGAAUUGAUAAAAUCCUUAAAUUAAGGAAAUUAGGCACAUAACCCAUUUUAUGAAUAAAUUUAAUGAUUUUGAAAUUACUUUUCCUAAUAUUCUGAUUGAAUAUGCAAGUAAAUAUGUCAAAAUCUCUAAAUCAUAUAAAAAUACUAAUCAAUUUUCUUUUAUUUGACAAUUGAAUUUGUUCAUAUAAGGGAUUUUGCGCAUAAUUAAAUAAAACACAAGGG